CGAAAAUGGAUAAUAAUCAAGAAGGUGUGAAAACCAAAGGAACUAAUUUACUUUCAAAAUGAAGUGAUUCAGGGACAGAAGUAUCUGGUCUAAACAUGUCUAAAUAACCUAUUGAACAACACUCUCAAAGAGGAAACACGGAAUCCUGGUAUGAAAAUCCAAUCCUCACAAGAGCCUUCGAAUGACUCUGCUUUUGGGGUGCUAAAGGCGAAACACCUUGGUAGUCGUGCUGGGAGCGUUAAAAAUUCCCGGAGAUAUAAUAGGAAAAAUACAUCUGGAUCACUAAAAAGCAAGAACAAUGUUUUUUCUUCAUAUUUGCCACUUCAAAAUUAUAUGGUAAGCAGAGCAAGUCGUAUAAAACCUGUGCGACAGAUGCAGCGAGAGAAAAGAUCCUUUAAAUCUGCCAUCUCCGAUAGAAAAGGUAACAGAACAGUCAAGAAUGCUCAAGCAUUAGAUUCCAAAGAGACUUUUGAAGAUUUUGUUGAGAAGAUGCAGAGAGAAAUAAAACCAAUUGAGGCAAAACCCAAACAGAGACCAUAUACAAGCAAUGGGCAAAACCAGUUCAGAAUAAAGAACCAGAGAAGGACUUUAGCUAAAUCAAGAGCUGCCACUAAAAAGUAUGAAGCGUUGAAAAAGGCUCCUUAUUUUAACAACAGAGUGUACAUUCCUAGCAAGAUGAAGAAGAAGCCUCAGACCAGACUGAUCGGGUACAGACCAAAUUGCUUGAAUAGUUCAGAAUCAGAGGGAGUCAAAUACCCACAGGCCUUUUAUCCUACUAGCUCAGGCACCUUUGCUAGCAAGACAACCUUAUCAAAUGAUACUUUUGUGAAGAACUGCAACAAACAUUUUCAAAACAGCUAUGGCAAUCGAAUAGGAAGCCAAGAUAAGUGUAGAGUCAAGAAGAUAUAUCUGCAAAAAGGGAAGGAAUCUACCAGCACCAAGAAUACAUCGUGCAACCACACAACUACUGAGGUGUCAAUGGAUGUAAAGCCUCUUUCACAAAGGAAGAGUUGUAUUAAAGAGAAGGAAAAGAACAAAGCUCUGGAUAUGAUUAACAGAGAGUUUAAUUCCUCCUCGAAUGGCAGAUGUCUCUCUGAUCUUGGAGACGCAGGCAAGAAAGUGAUUCGACACAAACCUAAAAUAUCUGACCUGUAUAAUUAUAAAGAAGGAGAUCCUCUUGAUACUACCCUGACAAAGCUCGCUGGGCAGAACUUUACUAAUCAUAAGGAGCCACAGCUAAUCGCACCAAUAUCAGUGUCUAAUAAUAUGAAGAAGAUACCAGCAAUGAUGCAAGAUUUGGUCUUGAAAGAGAAAAUUUUGAGAAGAGUCAGCCUGAAAGAGGUCAGAGGACAUUCAGAGUCGAAUGCCAGGAUUGGAGCGAUGUCUAACUGAGCAAAUAAGAAAAGAGGAAGUAGCUACGAAAGAGACAGGAGUAUAAAAGAUUAUAAAAUGGGCCGGCAGAUUGGCAAGGGAGCCUAUGCCGUUGUCAGGAUGGUUAUUGACAAAACCACUAAGCAGCAACAGGCUAUGAAGAUUUAUGAGAAAUAUAAACUUACAGAUGCCGCAAGGAGGAAAUCAGUUUCGAGAGAGAUAGCAAUUAUGAAGAAGAUCAGUCACCCGAAUAUUGUAAAGAUGAUUACCUCUUUUGACAAUCCUCACUCAAUUUAUAUCAUAAUGGAGCACGUCAAAGGAAGAUCUCUCUAUCGUUAUCUAAAGGAGCGACCAGGUAAGAGGCUUCCUGAAGAAGAAGCCAAGAUAAUUAUCCGUCAGAUAGCAGAAGCUAUUGAUUAUGUUCAUGGUCAGAAUGUAGCCCAUCGAGAUAUGAAACUUGAAAAUCUGAUAAUUAAUUCUGCAACUAAAUAAGAUCACGCUUAUCGACUUUGGGUUCAGCAUCACUUCAGGUCACGAGAAGAAAUUGAAGAUAUUUUGAGGCACUCCAAGCUACAUGUCCCCUGAAAUUAUCGCUAAAAGGGAUUAUUUAGGUCCUCCAGUAGAUAUAUGGGCCUUUGGCAUCCUUUGAUAUGUCAUGUUGUGAGGCAAAUUCCCCUUCAGAGGGUACAACGAGAGAGAUCUCUAUAAAAAGAUCUCUUAUGGAAGGUAUUAUUGGCCUUCAGAUACUCAGAUCUCUACAGAAGCUCAAGCAUUAGUAAAAGCUUGCCUCUGAGUUAACACAAAACGGAGAGCAAAUAUUAAGCAAGUGCUUGAGAGCAAAUGGUUAGCAGAAACUCAUGAAGAGUAA